AUGGAUUGGACUGCUGCGCGCGCUUGGUCGGUGGCCUCGCUGGUUCGUGUCCUUGUCGUCUCCGCCCUCCUCCUCUUCUCUUCCGCUUCCGUUGCCGGGAAGAGUGCGGUGUUCCAUGUGAGGCGCCGCUUCACGGGGAGGGAGGGCGGGCUCGGGGAGCUUAGGGCCCACGACAGCCGCCGACACGGCCGGAUUCUCGCCGCCGUUGACCUCCCUCUCGGCGGCCUCGGGCUGCCUUCCAGUGCCGGGUGAGAAGCCGCCGGAGGACUGUUCCAUUGCUCCGUGGUCCUCGCCGCCUCCUGAUCCUUUUGUUUUUCCUCGAGGACUAGUUUUUCGCGACGGUGUGAUCGCUGGUACCGUUCUUGGUUUCCGAAAGUCUGGAUUGACAACGGUUUCUACUGUGCCUCGUUUCAGGCUAUAUUUUGCUCAAAUUGGGAUCGGAACGCCGUCGAAGGACUACUACGUCCAGGUCGACACCGGUAGUGAUCUUAUGUGGGUGAAUUGCGUCCAGUGCAAGCGCUGCCCGAAGCGCAGUGAUCUAGGUGUAUGUAUCGUCUCUCUGUUACCUUGUAGAGUCGUCACCUUCUUGUAGGGGAGGUAAAAUUGAUUCGCUAGGGUUUUAACGUCUUUUGCAGAUCGAUCUCACGCUCUAUGACCCUAAUAGCUCAAGUACGUCGAGCUUGGUGACCUGUGACAAAGAAUUUUGCGCUGCAACGUAUGGGAAUGACAUACAAGGAUGCACUCCAGGGGUGCUAUGUGAUUACAGCGUGACAUAUGGUGACGGGAGCGCGACCAGCGGUUACUUCGUGACGGAUCAUCUACAUUACAGCCAAGUCACCGGAAACAACCAGACGAGACAAAACAACGCAAACAUCACAUUCGGGAAAGUUCUACUUCUCACAUCUGGUUUUAUUCAUUUUUUUAAUUUCCUGGCGUGCAACUGAGAAGAAGACAGACGGAAAUAAACAUUUUAAAGGAAAAUGUGGUACUUUAGUAGCAUUUUAUUUUGACGUUAAAAUCCAACCUCGGAUUGUAGACGCCUUUCUUCUCAUUGCGGGUGUUGCAGGUGACGACUUCAGGGUGAAUAUUUAGUGGCGAAGUCAUGUUCAGAAUUUGCGGUGUCAUUAAUGUGUGAUUUUGUUUUUGGUCUCUUCAAUAGUUGGAUUCUAUGUAGCGACAAUUCCAUUGGGCCCAGUUAGGAGGAUCAAAUGCUUGACAAUGGAAUAAAAAACAUGAACAGGAUGGAGAUUGUAAUGAACCUGAAGUUAGUGGAAUGUGCUCCCCAUUAGUGGUUCUUGAAUUUAAGAGUAGUUGUCGUGUUCCGUUUAAUAGAAUCAACUAUAAACGAAUUAGGAGAGGCUAGGCCGAAGCUUCUGUGCUUAGCAAUUGAUACACGGUGCCACUUUCUAUUACAUUUUAAACCAUCUCAUGAGUUGGGCGAUACACCAAACUAGUGUCUCCUGAACUGAAGAGAAACUAUCAUGCUUCUUCUAACAGAAUAAAUUAUCAUAGGUGUAAGCACGAAGAUCCUGAUUACCAGUGAUAUGUUUCUCAUAUUUUAAAGAAAAUUUUGGUGACUAGUAGUGUCAUGUGCAUCGCAGAAAAUCUUUCAUCCCUAACGCCCAGAUGCUAUUUAAUCUGGUUGAAAUUUUUUGCUGGUUAGGACAUUACAAAAAAUGUGAGCUUACCUUAAUUUGCUGAUUGAGAUGUCUUUAAUGCCAGGGCUACUAUGUUUUAUAUACAACGCCAACCCUAAAUAGUAGCUUUUAAUUAUUUCUAGGUUUCAGUAAGCUCAUAAUAUUUGAUGUAAUAAUAUGGUAUAUGUUUUAUCACUUUCAUGCUCCUAGCCAUUCCUCGGAAAUUUCCUCCAUUCUUUUUCGUCUCUACACCAGAAAUUAUGUUUUGAUGGAUAUCAGACUCUGUUUUUGUGUAGAUAAAGAUCAUAUUUUCACGCACCAGACGUAUAAUUCUAAUGCUCUCCAAUUGUAAUGAUAAAAGUAAUUCCAUAUACGCUAUUAUUCUGACUUCUUACUUUCAACUGCAUGUCUUUGCCUGAGAUUCCGGUUUACCUUUUUUUUUCCAUAUAAUAAAAAGUAUACUAUAUUUGGAAAGUAUGCCAAAUCGUUUUUUUGCCAAUUUCUCUAGCAUCGUGAAUUGAUUUUAAAGGUUCAGGAUCAAAUGGUUAUUAUAUCUUUUUGAGGUUUGAUAUAUUCCCAAGUAUCUGUUUCUUUAUGCAUUCUCUUGCGAUUUUCUCUGAUAUGUAUGCAAUUGUAUAAAGCGACGAAAAUUCUGCUUUUCCCGUUAUACCUAGAUUAUAACUAGAAUUCAUAUGUCAUCCCCUUAUGCAGGUGUGGCGCACAGCAAUCUGGUGACUUGGGUUCAUCUAGUUCAGCUGUUGAUGGAAUAUUAGGCUUCGGACAGUCAAAUUCCUCUAUGAUUUCACAGUUAGCCUCUUCGGGGAAAGUGAGAAAAAUAUUUGCUCAUUGCUUGGAUACUGUGAAUGGAGGUGGAAUUUUUACUAUUGGUCAUGUAGUCCAACCAAAAGUGAACACAACUCCUUUGGUACCACAGCAGUAUGUUCCUGUGUUCUUGAGAUGUUUCUUUUUACCUUUUUAAUCCUUCGAGGGAUAAUUUCCUUCUUACUAUAAUAAGAUUUAUUUGACGUGUAUCUCUUUUUCUUAUAAUUUAGUUGCCAUAUUUAGAGUACACAUUCACUGUUGUCACACUUGAGUAUGCAAUCAAGUUUCUGUAGCUUGGUCGCCUUAUGCCAUGCUUAAUGGCAGAUUAUCCUAGCCAUGCCCCGUGGAGAAAACGAUCUUCCACAAAGGGUGGCUGGAUGGCAAGAGCCCUCACCAGGGAGAUGGAUUCCUGUGGCUGGACUUAUAGAUUCUAUGUUAGCCAUAAUAAUUUUAUAAUGCUUUUGGGGAGCUGGAACAUAAAGAACGUCGUGCAAAGUUAUAGAUUGUGAGGUUGGAAAUGACUGUUUAACAAGUACUAAAAAUGGUAGAAUAAUGGAUCCGUGUGUACCACCAAUAAAGGAUGUAGCGUCACCUGUUGGCAGCUUAAUAUCCAUUGGUUGCCAUAGUUUGUGGCCUUGAGUUCAAGAAGUUAAAACAAAGGAGGGAGAGGCAGAUAUGUUGAGAAAUGAUCCUUGACGAAAGAGUUGGCGUAAUCUCCUUCCCCCCUUGUAGCUUGUGAAAGAGAUUAUGUAAUUUUGAUUUUCAGAUGGUAGGGAGAGUAAAGUUCUAUUUCUCAUUGGCGUAUGCUAUCACUAUAAAGGCCGUCCUGGAGAUUGGUAUCUGAAUAUGGAUACAAGUUCAUCCAUUUUGUGAUCCUCAGUUGAUCGCUAUCUUAGUUGCAUGCACAUAGAGAUCUAGCCAGGGGUCUCAAUGCUUUGUUAUGAUAAGCUAGGACUUGUCUGGACUGGUCUUACCAACCCUUAUCGUCUUCUUUUCAACAACUCAUGCGGAUGGAGACCAGGCUGGUUGAUUUUGUAUUCUAGAGAUCGCAUGUAGGGAGACGCUAAGCAGCAUGAAAGGCGACAUCCAGUGGACUGCUUGGUGGGCUGGUUCACUCAUGCUUUUGGAAGAUUAGAAGGCCUUCUGUCAUCUGACUUACUAAGGCAUUUGGUUGAGGGAACCACAAUAAACAAACAAUGGAACAUUUUUUUUCGUUACAAUAGGUUUAUCAUCCUCUCUCAAUCGACCUCUGAUGUGAGCUGUGGCGGUCAAUUCUGGUGAAUGUUUACCUUUUCUUAAGAACAGUUCCCUUUACGGGGGUUUAAGCACAGGAAAAUCAUCCUCAGAAAUCUAACAGGAAGCUAUUGUUAGGUAAGGUCAGAGUUGCUGUGUUGGGAACAUAUUUUUCUUUUAUUAAAAAACCCUUUGACUACAGAAGAAAGUGCUACUAUUUUUUUGUUGUGAAUGCUGAAAAGAUUCUUGGCUUUAUGUUCAUCUAUAGAACGUGGUGCUUAUUAUCUCCUGCCACAGUUUUCUCCAUCUUCAGCCAAAGCCGGGAGACCAAAUCAAAAUAAAAGUGUACUCUGUCUUGUUGUGGUUCCUUUUUCCUGUCCUAACUGGUCAUAUUCAUCAUCAGAAUAAUGGGACUCUACUCUCUACUUACGAUUCUGAAAUUUAGUUAUCUUUAUCUUCUUUGUCACGUGGUUUUGGAGUACAUACGUUUGUAUGUAUCGCUUUAAUAUUACAUCCGACCAGGUUUAUCUGAAAUAUACAACUUUUUCGUUGAGAUUGAGAUGCCAAUAAUUGAGGCCUCUGGAUGACAAAUAGGAUAGUGAAGUUAGACACAGCCUAAAAGACACUACUUAAGAUCAUGAACUCUGAACUCCAAAGCUUUGUUCCAGUGACUGCAUCAGAUGUCCACUGGCGAAAAUUGUGGUCAGAAGGAGAGAUUCAAUUGUUUUGUUGCUUCUUCCAGAAGUGAAACGUGUGAAUUAUCAUCAGGUUAUUCCUCUUUAGGUGUCUGUAUCAUGGGACUAGGAGCUUCCAACAUUUCUUUUGCUAAAAUGUGUCUUGAUUGAUAUUCUAGAUUCUUUAUCUCAUUGAUAAUCCCAAUGCGCUUAUUAAUAUUUUAAAUAUAUUCUUUCUCGUGGGUGAGAGGGAAAUAGGCCGAUUGUUUCUCAUUGAUUUGCAGCUGCUGUCCGUCUAAGGGAUGUGAAAAAUAUACGACUAGGGAUUCCUCCUUGCACAUUCUCUCUUAUCUGAAUUUUCUUAAAAAACUGGAUCGAUUUUCUUAUUUUUGUUCAGCCUCGUUUUGGUCUUCUUCUUGGUCUAUGCAGUUGAUGGCACUAGAAAACUGCCAACUGAAGCUGAAGGUUGGAGGUGUCAAAUGGGAUUUGGGGGCUGGGGCAGUUGGGUGCUCUUCCUCAAUACCAGACAGGUACCCUUGGGGAUGAAUUGGGAAUGGACAAUUGCAUUCAGAGUUCUCUGAUUCAAGUCAGAAUCAGCUGACCAUGAAUCACAAAUAACUUGGUCCAUUGUACCUUUCUUAAAGCUGGUCUGGCCUUGAAGGAUAAUUAGAUCAAGCUAGGAAAAAUAGGCUUAAACCAAGAGCCAGGCUGAUAUUUUUGGUUUUUUCUUUCUCUCAAGUAGCAGGUCAGUGAGGAUAAUCAUAUGGUACUGUGGAACUCCAAUUUGAAGCAUGGAACAUGACAAGUCCUUUUGGAUUCUGGCUUUAGUUGUAUCUCAGUUUCUCUUUUGGGAAAUGAGGAGAGUUCGGGGGAGCCUAAUGAUCAAAAUCUUAAAUGUCCGAGUCUUUUUUUGAAGAUUUCUUUCUGCUGCUCCAACUACAAUAUGGGACUCAGCUUGUUUCUAUUUAACUUCUUCAAUGAUAUGUACGUGGAAGGCUUUGUUCAUUAAUGACAUGUAUUUAUAAAUUUUGUAGGCCACACUAUAAUGUCAAUAUGAAGGCUAUUGAGGUUGACGGGAAAUUUCUUCAACUUCCUUCCGAUAUAUUUGAUAUUGGGGAGAGGAAAGGAACAGUUAUCGACAGUGGUACAACCCUGGCUUAUCUUCCUGAGGUUGCUUAUAAACCAUUAAUGGCAGCAGUAAGAUAUUUCAUGCGCUAAUUCAUCGUUUAGUUUGCAGAAUAUAUUUUCUUUGCUGAAUAAUACACUUGCUGUUGAAUAUUUGAAAAGAUCGAUCGCAUCCUCUUUCUUAUUCGUGGCUCUCUGUGCAGAUAACGUCAUUCCAGCCAAAUUUGACAAUUGAAACGAUACAGGACUUUUUAUGCUUUCGUUAUGCUGAAGAGUAAUUGUUUUCCAUGACCACCUUUCUUUUUCUAUAUAGAUUCUCAAUUGUUGAUGCACGAUGAACUCCUUCUGUGAGGAUUUGCCUGGGAAAUGCGCUUGAUAUGUUUUGAACUUGUUUGGAUUUUUUCUUUUUUAUCUUGUAGGAGUAUUUUAACCAGAUCAGUGUUUAGAUAGGAGUUGUGAGACAAGCUUCUUGGGACAUACCCAUAUUGCGUGCUGAACUAUCAAGUAGUUAGAAAUAUUGCAUAUGUGAAGUUGUUCAAUAUCUAUACUUGAAUAUAGUUCAUGCUGUGUAGAGGUCAAUUGUAUUAAAACACUUGGACAUAUUUAUGGCAUUCUACCUUCUACUUGCUUGCAAACCUGCCACUGCGGUUCAUGAUAUGUGAUACUGAUUUAUAUUAACAAUCCUGGAUUUUAAUAUAUAAAAAAAUUGAACCAUUCAAUUUUCGAACUGGUAAAGUUUUGUUCCUGAUUGGCGUUAAAUAUAAAAAAUGUGAAAUAGUUCUAGAAAACUAGCGACGUUUUUAUAGAUCCUUUUAGCUUGAAUUGAAGCACGUGGUACCAGUUAGAGAUUCCACUUUUUAUUAGCAAGAGCCGUUUAGGUAUCUAAUUUUAUAACAUAAAAAAAUUGGUCUUUGUACGUGGCGGCCUCUUUCAAGCAGGACGAUAUUAUUUGACUAGAUAUCAAACAGGAAACUUUGAACUCCAUUUGAGCAGUAGAAACCUGACUUUCGUGUUCUCACUAAUUCCCUCGAAGGGCCUUAAAUGGUGUAUAUGAAGGCGAAAUUCACUAUGACAUGGGGGAUCUCAUAUCAGCUGUGUAGCACGUACAAAUGGCAGCACAAUAGCACGUCAAAUGCUUAUGUAUACUUGUACCUAUCAAUCUUUCAUCCCUUCAGAAAAUAAAAGUACGUUAUCCAGCACUUGACGCAAUAGUUCAAGAUGAAAUGAUUCGGUCAGACAUCGGAAGACAUUGCACGGCUGUACGAGGAAUUUAUCCAUGCAUUUUGAACAUGAAAUCACGAUUGUGCUGAUUUUCUGUAUCUUGUUUUUUCUAAAGGAAGCUUAAUGCUUGGGAAUUUUGCCGAGUCUCCAUUGACAGAGAUAUUAAAAUUAUGGAUCUCCAAGAUAGAAGAAUGACAGACUAUCCGAACAUGAAAGCUAUUGAUUUUUUCGUCUCGUAUUAAUUGUCCGGUUUCUUGAGCAUCUGAACAUUAUUUGUUGGCCAGACGCGUCUUUUAUUGAUUUUUGUCAUUUUUUAAUGUUGCUUGUGCAAAGUAUAUUGAUUUAUACCACAUUUAUGACAUAACUGUUCACACUAUUGCAGUGUGGAUUAUGGGUUUCCAAUUGUAACCCUGCAUUUUGAGAAUUCACUCUUACUGAGAGUUUAUCCCCACGAGUAUCUAUUUUCAUAUAGGGUAAGUACUCGGCAAGAGCUUUCACUAUGCUUUCUGAAUUAAUUUAUGCUGCUCUUCUGUAUAUUGGUUGGUAUCUUAUAAUUCCACAGAUUCUCCACUUUACACAGGUAGAGCGCUAUCAUUCUCCAUCCCUCUUUUUUUUUUUUUUUUUUUCAUAUUUACUUAUGUUCUAGCGUCGUAUGUUUAUUUAUUAGCUGCCUCUUUUUUCUUCUUUCGUUUUUUGUUCUCCCAAAUCCAUUCUUUUCGGUUUUAUUAUUAUUUUCUCAUUUUUCUGUCCUGAUGAAUUCGACUCGAUAACCCCCUCCCCCCUAUUCAUGUCCCCAUCAUAUUCAUAACUGUUAUAUUACUUUAAUGGCUCCUUCCUUGGGUGGAUCCAGACCUAGCGCCCUCGUUUUCCUUUACGUUGUUCUCUGGGUUCUUGUCAGGAUGGUAUCUGGUGCUAUGGUUGGCAAAACGGUGCAGUGCAGUCAAAGGAGGGGAAAGAGAUGUUCCUUCUGGGAGGCACGUUUAUCUUUAUUAUUUCUCUUCUUAAUUUAAUUAUAAAUUACUCGGCCGCGGGAAAAAAUAGCCUCUCUAUAUUAUAGAAAAAAACAAAAAAAUAAAAUAGAAAUGCCCGUGAGAAGUGGCUUGGAACCAAGUCAACGCCGGUUUGAAGGCCCUUCCCCCCUGUUUGCAAAGACCUAGCUGACUCUGAAGGUCCUUAAUCUGGACUCCCAAUUUUCGGGGGACAAUUCGUGGAUAGUUUAUUUUAUUGUGAAUAAUUCUUGGAUCUCUGUUGAUGCCUUCCUCUGAUGCACCACCACACCGACUGCAGACUUGGUUCUAUCAAAUAAGCUGGUCCUCUAUGACUUGGAGAAACAGGAGAUCGGCUGGACCGAGUACAAUUGUAAGCAGUUUCUUUUUUUAAUUUCUUUUUAUUUUUUUAUUUCCUCUUUUUUAUAUUUUAUAAAUAAAAUAAUAGAGCACUUAACGGGAAAAGUCUGUGCCUCCCGGCAUUUAUUUUCCCCGUGGGUAGCGAUCAUUUGUCGCUCUUUAUUUGGAAAAUGGGAAAACCAGGAAAUUUUAAAGGAAAAUCUCUGCCCAUGAACAGACAAUUAAGGAUAAAUUAGUCUGAUGAUGAUCCGCGGCUGCCUGCAGGUUCUUCGAGCAUCAGAGUGCAGGACGAUCGAACAGGAGAGGUCUUCACAGUCAACGCUCACAACAUCUCGUCGGGGCUCGCGCUGGUCACGGAGAGGUUCGUCCUGCUGCUGCUCCUCGCGAUGUCCACCUUGCUGACCACCUUCUUGAUCGUCUGA